AUGCGACGAUCGGUCACGCGUACCAAGAGAGGUGUCGUCUCCACCUCUGGGGCAACGUCUCCGUUGCGAACGGCGCUGGAAGCUGCGGGAACGUCACCGAGGGUGACCCCGGCCCCUGGCGACAAACCAGAGGCGUUUCAGGGACCGAGAAACCGCCGAACGAUCUGCCACCGUUUACAGGAAUCUACCAAAGAAGCUAGCGCCGGCAUGCUGCCGGUGUCAACGGGGGCAACCCGACCGCCAACGGCAGCGGAUCCAAGGGGGCAGCUUCCCAGCGCGACUGUGGCGAGCGUAUGUUUGGACCGAAAGCCUCAACCUAGACGCCGUCUGAAGCGAGCCGUGGACGAACUGGACUCCGCGCAAACGCAGUCAGAGCGGACGGACACCCUGUCCAUGGACCGAUCGAGACAAAGUGAGGAGAUUUCACCGAAGCGAUCGAAUCGAGAUACCAGACAAACCGAUGAUAUCCUCAGCCAUGUUACGACUGAUGACGGUAUGCACGUCCCGGGUACGCGUGGCGUAACUCGUGUCGACCUGCAUCCGCAGAGGCUGCCCUCUGGGCCUGGACUUCAGUGGAACAUGCCGUCACUCGAGAAAGCCGCACCGACGACGAGUCCAGACGCUGCCUCAGCCGCAAACGCCGCCUCGAGUGGUGCAACAUCACAAGAACUUGUGCGGAAACUGCUUGAACAUGAAAGCGGCUGGAUUCGGCUUACGCUGGGGCCAACGCUUCCCCUCAGUUGUCAGUAUCUGCCGCUGCACGGUACGGCGAAACUGGGCCGGGUGGAAAAGCUAGCUUCUGGGCGUUAUCGUUUGGUCUUUGGCCCCGACGACAAAGUGAAUGACGACGACGAGAACGAUCAUGAUCGUACUAGUGGUGGUGGUGAUGCAACGAGUUCCGCUUUUUACUGGCUAGAGCUCGGCAAGUUGAUUGCGCACCCACAGCGCUGGUGGAAACUGGUCCGAGAACGAAACAAGAAACCUGCAGAGGACGGGAAUUCGGAAGGGCAAGCACCACAACAACAUCUCAUUGAAGCCGGUGAGGUGGAUACGGAACACGCUGGUCGUUUAGAAGCGAACGUGGAGGUAACAGGGCCGUAUACACUGAUUGGAGUACCCGAUUUGGCACAUCUCUAUACGACAAGUCGUUGA